AUGUCUUCCUCCGUCCAUGCCGACCCGCCGCCGCCUGUCGUCUCCGAACCCAAUGGCAUCAACUAUGUCACGGGUCCUGCACUUGGGAAAGGUGGCUUUGCAAUCUGUCACAGAGCAGAACGGCAUGAUGGCGGCCGGCCGACUGGACAGAUUGUCGCCCUGAAAAUUGUCAAGACAAAGAUGGAGCCCGCGAAGUUGGCACAGAAGGUACAUCGACCCAAGAGAAACAACCACGGGGCGUCUGAUACUGACUGAGCCUAGUUUGUCACCGAGCUUCAAAUACACAGCAAACUGUCGCAUCCCAACAUCGUCACCUUCUACCGCGCUUUCUCUUACCAGACCAGCACAUAUGUUGUCCUCGAGCUCUGCUCCAAUGGCUCACUGGCGGAUAUGCUCAAGCGGCGGAAGUACCUUACACUACCCGAGAUUCGAAGACUCGUAAUACAGGUAUGCGGAGCAGUAAAGUACUUACAUCAUCGGCAUAUCGUACAUCGCGAUCUGAAGACUGGCAACUUGUUUCUGGAUGCAAACAUGAACGUCAAGGUUGGCGAUUUUGGGCUCGCGGCACUCUUGGUAACAGAGCGGGAGAUGGAGGUGAAGAGGCGGACCACCAUGUGUGGCACUCCAAACUAUCUUGCACCGGAGAUCUUGGAAAAGGGCAAGGGUCACAAUGAAAAGGUCGAUCUGUGGGCGAUCGGUGUCAUUGCAUACACGCUGGCAGUGGGCAAGGCUCCAUUCCAUGCAAGCACCAAGGAGGAGAUCUACAAGAAGCUGAAGUCUGGAACAUACACAUGGCCAGAGCUUAGUGCAACAACAAACCAGAGCGCAGAUCUGAGAGAUCUCGUUUCAGGUCUACUGGUGCCUGAAGAGGAGAGACCGGCACCAGAUCAGAUUGUCAGCCACGCUUUCUUCCGCAUUGCAUACGUUCCUGCGAGCAUCCCAGACACAGCUCGAGAAAAGGCCCCGUCAUGGCCCGAAGUCGCAGUACCAUCAACCGAAACGAUACGACGAGGGUACAGCGACACUUGGUUUGCUCUCUGCAAGGAGUCAGGCGUGGGAGAGUAUGAGACAGGAAAGUGCUUCCCUCUUAACGGCGGCCGCAAAGUGCGCAGUAUUGUCCAUGACAUGACUAAGGAGGCGCAGGCGGGCCGCCAACCGACCAUGCCAAUCCCCAACGACGUUGUUUACACUUCUACCGUCAGUGACUUCAAUGGGUCGCGAGGGAGCAGUCCAUUGCUGGACGAGGCUGCGAAGAAGCCGCUGAGUAGAGGGUUGAAGGAGAUCUCGAACAAUGAGGUAGCUGGAGCAAGACCACGGAAGGCAGAGGCGGAGAAGGCUGCUAGGGACGCCGAGCUUAUGCCACCGCCAACAGCGUCAUCAAGAGCGGCUCGAUCAGGAACGGUACGCAAAGCUGCCCGAACCAUUAGUGAGGAGACUGCUAAGUCGUCGGAGUCCGUUAAGGUCGCCUCAGAUGCCGCUGGACCGUCCAGCUCGGCCACUCUAAGAGUGUCGAGAACACGACCUCCGCCCGUAAGCUCAACAAGUGCAGCCAAGACGGCUACAGCUGCUCAAUUUCUCAAGGAGGCAAGCAAUUCGCAAGCGUACUGUACAGCUCCGUUAAACCAACCCUCAGAUGGCUCAACGGACAGUCUUGAGAAGCCUCAGCGUACCGGAACCACUAAGCGAGCGGCAGAUGCUAGCCUUGCCCGGAGACCGCGUGGAACCAGGACAGUGAAAGAGAGGCCCAUGUCGCCGGUCGAAGCACCCAAAGCACCAGCACAGCCCGCUCCAGUGAAGAUUGCGAAGGAGCGCAACCAGCCACAGCGGGAAGCACCAGGUCCCCUUGCCACACUGGACGAGUUGAAGGAUGCAUUACCCUCUUACAAGAGCCGAAGAAAAGCGGAAGCAGAGGUGAUUGAGAUUCUAUCCGACCCGGAGUCAGACGAGAAGGAGAAGCCCGGUGAAUCAGCAACACUGUCAUUGUCUCGCGCACCGAAGAUGGCAGGCCGCCUUCCAGUGCCUAGAAGGCACAUUACGGAAUCGGUCGACUCUUCCAUACCUUCAACGGAUCCAUCGACAGUCUUACAGAAGUUGUCAGUCUUCAGAGACAACCUCGCAUCUGCUCUCAAGAGACCUACAACCAGCGCAAAGCCUUCGACCGCCUCGAAUCAUCGCAACAUUCAGACAGCCGCCGGACUACCUUUUGUUUCUCGCUGGGUGGAUUACAGCCGCAAACACGGUGUCGGAUACGUGUUAUCUGAUGGGACAGUAGGCUGUAUCAUCAACGCCUCUCACAAACCAAAUCAAUCUCCCACGCCUGUGACGCACGUUCUCGUCCGCAACGGUCAAAGCUGGCUCUCCAAAGUUGGCAAGAACAAAGACUUCGCAGGCAUCGACCAAGUGCCACUGGAAAUCUUCGAAGAUUGCAAUGAAGACGGCAUCAAGCGGAAGAUUUACAAGGGACUUGGAAGUGUCAAGGAUGGUCCUUUGCUUGCUGAAGCAGAGCGCAGGAGGACGAUGAGUGUCCUGUGGGUGAAGUUUGGACGGUACAUGUGUCAGAGUCUGGACGGGGACGAGGACGGAGAGCGAGGGCAUGGGGAGAAUUUUGUGAGAUUCUAUCAGAGGAUUGGGAGUGUCGGGGUGUGGGCUUUUGCGGAUGGAUGCCUACAGGUGAGCCUUUUCCUUGAUCUUGAACGUCGGGUUGAUGCGGUUGCUAACAUCUCUUGGUCUGGCAGGUCCACUUCCCAGACCACACCAAACUUGUCCUCUCGGCCGAUGGUCAACAUCUCUCCUUCACGGCUCUCACGACUGAAGCCACGGCGCACCUUUCCCACAAUGGCGAUCUCCUACCGCAACACGUCAACAGCCGUCAAUUGCAUCAGGACUCUAUCCAAGCUCUUCUCCACGAAGGCGGACGCGUUCGUCAGCGUGUCAUCAAGGCCAAUCAACUCUCAGAGAAAUUGAACUUCGUCCUCCAGGUCGCCAAUCAGUGGACUGCGAAUGAAGGCCUGGGAAGACUGGAUGAGGAUCUCGUUGAAGGCGCAGAGAAGUUGUAUUGGGAGGGAUUGACUGUGAAAGAUCAGAAUGCACGGAAAGUGGAAAGAGUUACAGUCGGAAGAUUUGGUGGUGACGAGCCGAUUGAGGGAAGGACAAGGGCGUAG